CACGGUUCUGCAGCGGCCACUCAGUUCAAGUUCAAGUUGUCGCGCUCUCUUCGGAGGGCCAGUCGUUCGUCGAACACCCAGACUUAGGAUCUCCGAGGUGCCGGCGUUAUAGAGAAGCUCUCGCGCGUCUGCCCACAUAUGGCACGAGCAUUGUGAUCAAACUCAAGGUGCGCCACUUGGGAUUGACUUUGGAACCGAGGUCGACACCAGUCUAAGGUUGUGUUUCCAUGCAAACAAUGCAGCGCGACUACGAAUCCGGAGUGCAUUGGGGGACGAUAUGGCGCACCGGGCGACUGCGCGUCCAUGGCGAGUCGUACUCAUUCCACUCACCUGGGAUAGACGGAAUGGAGGUUGAGGCCACGGCAAACUCUUUGUUGAUGACUCUGUUCACAAUCGCACCCCGCCACAUGGUCAAUGCCUCAGCGCCCGGUAAACGCCUCCACACAAUCAUAGAGCUUGCGCGCAAUCUCCCCGUCACCGACCCACUCCUGCAGUUCAACUCGCAUACCGCAGCAAUCGUACACCUAAUCUCUCAUCUCCACGAUUUGAUGGUCCAGUAUACCCCGGUAAGCAUGGGCUUGCGGUUCCGACGGCUAAAGGGAGUCGGGCUGUCGGGAGAGCAGGAAAGAAUAUUGGAUAAGCCACUUAAGAAUAUUAUAGACGAAUUGCGGGCGCAAUCACCAUAUGGGUAUGUUCCAAGACAUGCAAAUGAUGUCUUUGAAACCGAGAAGUUACUCCUCCAUUUGGAAUUGCCGCAUACCAUUGUAUGCGAAAUCUUGGAUUAUGCGGAGUAUUGGGUCCGGGCGGUCGACAAAGCAGGGAACGUAGACACUGCUACAGAGCCAGAUCCCUCCUACGCGCCACAAGCGGUCUUCUACUGGGCCCGUGUACGGAUUCCGGAGUCUGCGAAAGUGCACAGAUCGGUACGUAGAAUCAUAUUCACCAUCGAAUUAUCCGACAUCGACUCAUGGUUGUUGCCCGAGUCCAUCUCGAAUAGUGACAUCCCGUCACAUAUAUGGCUCGAGGUUCAGGCCAGAAGCAAGCCGACCCAGCGCCGUUUGAUCGUACGCGAUUUCACGGAAACGCCUCGCCGGCCCGCCAUUCAUCUGGUACAAUGGGACGGUUUCCGUACAGAUGACGACUGCGCGGAUGCGGAACUACAGGAGUGGUUGAAUAGCCUCCGACCCGGCGACGAGCUAGCCAUUUGUACUACAAGGGAGGCUAGCGGGGGAAUCUUUUCUAGUAUGGGGAAUGUGAGGAUAGAGAUAUAUUGCGCAUGCGUUUAAUCACCGACUCAUGUUUCUCGUGCGAUCCAAGGGAUAUGUUCUCGGGCCUUCACGUUGAUAGCGUGGAUAUCGAGUGGGAACCCCGGACCUUUCAUUUGGCUCAUGCGGUAUGUCCUUACUGGGGAAUAGUCCCAGCGCAGCGCCUGCCGUCGUAACGCUCAGUGUACUCAGAUAAUAAAUUACAUCCCAACGCCUCGUGUGUCCCCAAAGGCCUUGUGCAUGCGCAGUCGCAUCUCCCUGGCAAGGUAUCCUCCUGACCGCAUCGCAUGAUCAUACUCAGCCUGGCGUCUGACCUCCCACGAAGACGCGCGCUGCGACCAUACCUGCCCGCUUGUCCAACCACCCCGCUUCCGAGUCCCUCGCCCACGAGCCUGCACACCAGUUCCAAAGCGCGACGCCCACGGUCUGCACGCACCACCCGGU